AUGCCAAUUCAGUUGCAUUGUGGACGUGAAGAUAAGGAAGGAUUCGACUCGGCAAUGCCAUUUCGAAAAGCCAUUUUGCUUCACCCGAGCCUGGGUGAUUGUUCGUCACACGAUUCCGUUGCAAUUGGCAAAUCACCCACCGCUGGAUCUGUAGCCUACGGCAAGAGGUUAAGAGAAUUAGGAGUUGAAGGCAAUUAUUUGGUUAAGAAGUGUCAAGAUGCAAGUCAGUUUACCCAGUCGUUUUCUGACGCGCUUCGUUCGGAUGAAGACAAAGAGUUCGAGCAGAUGAUAGCGAAGCUUCGGGAUGAAGCUCAGGCGGGGUCCGAUUGCGAUUUGGAGAAGAAAGUUCGUGAGUUGAAGGAGAAAAAUCGAGAGUCCAUUGCGGAGAAGACCGAGUUACGGCGGCUAGCGGGCUUUGGUGAGGAGAAUCCCGGAGAAGGAGACAAGAAGCCUGUCGCUUGUGUGAAGAGUGAACGACUAAACGAGGGACCUGCUGAAAUUCUCGCACAAGAGGAUAGAAAUAGAAAACAAUUGGUUGAACAUUACGAAGUGGGUGCACGACUAUAG